GUGUGUGUGUGUGUGGAUAGAUGUAAAGAUAAGUAGAUAAAUAGUACUACUUUGCCAUUUAUAUACAACAGGGGUGGCCAACUCCCAAGAGACUGCGAUCUACUCAUUGAGUUAAAAACUGGCGGUGAUCUACCCACUUUCAGGGGGUUCAGUUCAGGUCAAAACUUUGAGCUUUUUUUAGGAAGGAAAGCCCUGGUGGUUUUUUUUUUUCCGGAAGGAGGAAGGUCAGGUUUUUUGGGGUUCAGGUCAUACAUAGUUGUUGAGCUUUUUUCCAGGGAGGAGGGAAUUCCCAUUUGGGAGGGGGUCAGGGCUUUUUUUUAAGUGAGCCAAAGUUGUUGAGCUUCUGUGUCCAGGGCAGCUGUUUAUCAGCUCCAUCUGGUAUGCAGGCUGAGUCCCUACCUGCCCACUGACUGUCUCUCCAGAGUGGUGCAUGCUCUAGUUAUCUCUCGCUUGGACUACUGCAAUGCGCUCUACGUGGGGCUACCUUUGAAGGUGACCCGGAAACUACAACUAAUCCAGAAUGCGGCAGCUAGACUGGUGACUGGGAGCGGCCGCCGAGACCACAUAACACCGGUCCUGAAAGACCUACAUUGGCUCCCAGUACGUUUCCGAGCACAAUUCAAAGUGUUGGUGUUGACCUUUAAAGCCCUAAACGGCCUCGGUCCGGUAUACCUGAAGGAGCGUCUCCACCCCCAUCGUUCUGCCCGGACACUGAGGUCCAGCGCCAAGGGCCUUCUGGCGGUUCCCUCGCCACGAGAAGCCAAGUUACAGGGAAUGAGGCAGAGGGCCUUCUCGGUAGUGGCACCCACCCUGUGGAAUGCCCUUCCACUAGAGGUCAAAGAGAACAACAAUUACCAGACCUUUAGAAGGCAUCUCAAGGCAGCCCUGUUUAGGGAAGCUUUUAAUGUUUGAUGGAUUUCUGUAUUUUAGUGUUUUGUUGGAAGCCGCCCAGAGUGGCUUGGGCGGGGUAUAAAUAAUAGAAAGUAAUGCAAAAUGGAUUAAUCUGUUCCAGACAUUUUAAAACAACCCCUAAAACAGCAAUUUAAUAUGAAUUUUACUAUCUAACAAGACCAUUGAUCCAUAAAAUGAAAGCAAUAAAUAAAGUACUGCAGUCACACAAUCAAUCUGUAGCUAAACGGGGUUCCACACAGUCACAAAAACAAAACAAAAAGAGCUACAAAAACAAAAACACAAAAUAAAUAGCAAAAACAGAUAGACCUCAUCAUAACACUCACAACAGAGUAUGUUCGGCUGCCGAAAAACAUUCGCAAACCGGAACACUUACUUCCAGGUUUGCAGUGUUUGGGUUCCAAGUUGUUUGAGUACCAAGGCGUUUGAGAACCAAGAUUGUACUGUAUUACCUUGGUUAACCUUACCCCAACCCUGCCAGGCAGGCUAAUAUUGCAGGCUAAGGAAACUGAGGACCCAGUGCAGAGGAGUUGAGAGUUAAUAAUCCCCAGUAGCAAAGCAAGACUUGUCAGGUUUUUAACAGUGAACAUCCCUACUGCUUUUGUUGAGAAAUGAUGCCAGUUUUAAGAACCUUCUUAUAUAUUGCAAAGGAUAAAGUUUUGGUGAAUGAGUCAAUAGUAUGGACUAAUCAUUUGUGCAGAUUUCUUUAUACCAUCAUCAUAGAUCUGCCUGAGUUCCCCUUGACAGAAUACAGCAUGUAGUGAGCAGUUGAUAUUUCCUUUAUAUAAAUAGAACAGGCAGGUCAGCAUUACUUGGUGUUUAAAAUUAUCUUGGCUUUGCUACACCCUAGAGAAAUUAGAACACCCUUUUAUGCAGACUUAUAAACAUACGCAUUUGACCAUUGAAAACAAGUGGGAAUAUAAUAACCCCCACGCAGAGAACAUGACAGAAACAAUGACACGGGCUGAAAUUGCUAAGCGACUGAAGAAAGAUUUUUUGAAGGCUUUGCAGUCAAACGACUACAAAACUCUGGAGAAGUUUUUGAAUCAGAAGCAGAUAGAUGUGGACACAGUGUUUGAAGUGGAAGAUGAGAACCUGGUUCUGGCCUCCUACAAACAAGGGUACUGGCUGCCUAGCUAUAAACUGCAGCAUUCAUGGGCCACUGGGCUCCACUUAUCUGUUCUGUACGGGCACCUGGAGAGCCUGAGAGUCCUGCUGAAGCACAAAGCGACAAUCAACUGCCGGCCCAAUGGCAAAGCAGCAAUCCACAUAGCAUGCGAAGUGGGUAACCUGGAUUGCAUCAAGAUACUUUGCAGCCACGGAGCGAAAACCAACUGCUAUUCGCUGAGCGGUCUUGCGCCACUGCAUUUCUGUACGACAAAGCUGUCCAUCCCUUGCGCACAGCAGUUAAUCUGGAGAGGUGCAGAUGUGAAUAUAAGGACUAACAACCAAGAAGAGGAAACUCCCCUCCACACUGUUGCUCGUUGUGGUAUCCCUGAAAUGGUGGCCUUUUAUGUAGAACAAGGAGCUGGGGUUGACUGUCAAAAUGCCCACAGAGAAACACCUCUGGCCUGUGCAGUCUAUUGGGCCCUCAAUGGCAAGGAACAGACAUACAGCACAGAUCACCACCUGAUCUGUAGGAUGCUGAUCGACUAUAAAGCCAACGUCAAUUCACGAGACGAGGAUUUCCGAACGCCUCUCCACAAGGCUGCUUGGAACUGUGACGGCGUUCUGUUGGACAUGCUACUCGAGGCGGGAGCUGAGGCUAACUUCAUGGAUGACAACGGAUGCGGCCCUUUGCAGUAUGUCCUGAAAGUAACAGGUGUGCGGCCGAGUGCCCAGCCAGAAUUCUGUUUCCAGCUGCUUCUCAAUUAUGGAGCUGCCAGGAUAUAUCCUCCACAAUUCCAUAAGGUUUUGCAGGCCUGUUGCUCCUAUCCCAGAGCAGUUGAGGUUAUUGUGAAUACAUAUGAACAUAUCAAGUCCACAGCAAAAUGGAGAGCAGCUAUACCUGAUGAUGUCUUUGAGAUGUAUAAUGAAUUCUACGAAUCUCUGUUUGAGGUAUGUGAAAACACACCAAGAUCGCUCAAGCAUUUAGCCAGAUGUGCUAUUCGAAGAAUAUUGUUCGAUCGCUGCCACAAAGGGAUCCCUUUACUUUUCAUUCCAGCGACGCUGAAGAAUUAUUUGCUCUUAGAACCAGAAGGAAUAUUGUACUGA